AUGUCUGCUCGACCAAACGUCAACACUCUCGACCGAGACCACUCCUCCUCCUCUUCCGCCACUCCUCCUUCUGCGACUCGACCCGCGACAUCUCGGCCCAUGGCAAAGUCAGCUAGUUUUGCCUCGGCACCUUCUGCAGCAGUGGCUACUGACGAUCGGGUUCGCAACGUUAGCAAUGGCAGCAGUAAUACCAGUUCUUCUAUCUCGACGCGCCCGUCACAAAUAGCUCCAUCAGAAGUAUCCGUCGCUCCUUCUUCCACGGCCACACUCCCACGUUCAACCGCAUCCUCGUCCCAGAGCGGUUGGAACCGGCGCCAUUCUCUCGUUCACAGAGGUGACUGGAUUCCACCUCCAAUUUCCGAGGUCUCGCGAGACUCGAUUUCUUCAAACGGGUCCUGGAUUAGGCGUUUAUCCAUACGACCUCUUUCUCAACACGGAAGUCCACGAUCCAGCGUUGGACCCGACUCCCUCUCCGUUAAUUUUUCUCUGAGUUCCGCAGCCCCCAUUCUUUCACAGCAAUCCUCAGCACACCCACAACAGCAACAGUCAAGGAACAAACUGGUAAAACGCGCAACGGCCGGCCAGGACGCCGCUCCCGCCAGCCUUUCCAGGCGUGGCUCUCGCUCUCAGAUGCCUUCACUACGCCGCCCUGCAACAAGUCACCAACGCUCUGCCACUUUACACCAAGUAUCCUAUCCGGACGAACCGGCCCCUGCGGCGUCAAAUCCAGUAGAUCCAAAAUUUUCUUUCGACCAACGGACCCGCCCAAGCUUGGCCAUCUUCCGUCUGGGAGCUGACAGCCCCGAGCCCCGUGUUGACCAAAACGAUCGAGCAGAAACCGACGAUAGACAGGAAGAGAGUGCUCAUGCUCACGUAGAGCCCCGGCUACUGCAGCACACCCAGAAGAGCUUUCUGCAAACGAAGUGGACAUCGUUUUUCCAUGGACAAUUAACAAAGUCGACUGUACCUGUUCGUGGUAGUUCGCCUUUCUCCGGUGAGAGUAGUCCUGGCGGUACUCACUACAGCCUUCCGUCGCGAACAUUACAGGUUCGACACGGGAAACAAUCCAGAAUUUAUCUUACGCAGGCUUCAGCGCUCUCUGCUCAAGAACCUGCCUCGACGCCGUCUCCUUCUCCCGCACCACGUGCCACUGCGACGCUCGCCUCUCCUUUUCAGUCGCCUGUUGCUAUCAAAACCGUUGGAAAGACGCCUGAGGGGAAUACAGACGAUAUGACUGUCUCUCCUCAUGGCUCAAACUCCUCGCCCCAGGACACACCAUCAAAGCGAGCUAGGCGUUCAAUCUCAAUGAACUUCAGCUCACCGACAAGUUGGAUGUCAAAGACUGGUAGCAUUCGUCGUUCGAAACGCGGCACCGAAUAUCCGCCAAACGCAAGUGCCACAGGCAGUCUCCGCAUGAAUAGACAGCUUGCUGCUGCCGCUGCUGCAGGUAGUCUGUCUAAUGGGAGACGGCAUGUCUCUGCUCCUUCAUCUGGGUCCCGGCCCUCAUCAGCACACGCACAUUAUGAGCAAUUCCAGACUCGUAGUGCGACAACACCGGCCGACUUGCACCUCCGUAAACCGCUGGAGGGGUUCACCCAGCCACCCCACGGUCCUGGUGAUGCCCACGAGGGGGAACAGGUGGUGGUCGGCAGAGACAGUCCCGUGCCACCGUCGUACGUGGAUGCCAGAGCUAUUCCGAAGCGUCAACGUAACUCAUCCUCACCUCUACCUCCACUGUCGCGCCUCUCUAGUUUUAAUAUUGAUUUGACUCGGCUGGGAGCUUCUUCAAGCGCAUCUGGCCAAUUAGCAGCUGCCAUUGCCGGUAGCUCGGCGUCAUACAAGGAGAACCAGACAUCUGGUCCCUCAGGCUUUGCAACUCUGCCGCGGUCCUUCCCACUUGUGCCGCGCCACCGGGAUGUAUCUGACGAGCGGUCGUUCGCUUUAGUCGGCUCGGAUUUGGAACAACGCGGAUUUGCAUCGUCCGGCGAUGAUGACGAUACCGACUUUAAGAGCGAUACCAUCUUCGACUCGAUCCGUACCGCGGCCUCUGCACGUGUCCGUUCCACCGACACCCCGAUCGAGUCAAUGUUUGACGAAUCCCCACCCAGCACAGCAGGCAACGGCAAAGCGAAGCGUCUCUCGAUACAAGAAAUUCUGGGCCAGGCUUGGGAUAGUGACACGCGGAUCAUGGAGGAAGAAGACGAGGGUUUCUCGACCCCUAUUCGGAAUCUUCAAACAAGAGCGGAACGGUCUUCAUCUCCCUCAUCGGUCCUGCGUCACUUUGACGAGGACUAUAUGCCUGCUAACAGCCGCGACAAUCGCCCCAAAACCGAACUGAACAGCGUCCUCGCGCCGGCGACUAGCGGUUCUUCUCAUGCAAACGACGUUGAUUAUAGUCGGCCAUCCCUUGAUGAUGACGAUGAUGACGACUGGGCGCGUGUGGAUGAUAGUGGUGUUACAAAUCACCUGUCCCCACCGUCUAGAUCCGCCCACAACUCGUUCCACGAGAUGAACGGCCUGUUCCGAAACAACAGCACUGGUUUCCCAUCUUCUCACCAUCAGCGCCCUGCUCUUGGACUAAUCAGUGGAAACGGUGGACUGGACCUAUCGUCCGAACAGUACGAUCGCUUCAUGACGGGCGGUAGUCGAGAGCGGCCUCGGAGCAACCUGUUUGACUGGAGCGAGUCGACCGUGCACCUCGACAAGAUUGACAGCGAUGGACAUUCACCGCGGCCCAAGACUGUGCACGGCAAACAGGAACUGGACCUUAGGAACGGACGGGCUGCGAACCGGAAGGGCCCAGCAGUCGCUCACGUCAGAAGCCAGAGCGUACCAGUGAACGCUGACCCUGCAACCGAAGGUACCAAGCCGUCUACAUCCAAGUUCGGAACAUGGGCCUCUUCUGGACCGAAGAACGCAAGUGAGGACUGGGACGACGACUUUGAUUUUGGCACCAAUCACGGCGAUGACGAUGAUGACGAAAACGCUGCCGACUGCUUCGACACCGACGAAGAGGAUGCAUUUGGCCGCUCCUCCACGCUGCGCUCAAGCAAAGGGCCUGGCUCGUUUGCCAUGAUUGUCCCGGCAUCGAUCCAGGCCACACAGCCCACUGUGAAGGCCCAUUCGGGCCAGAUCCGCGAGCUGUCGCUCCUGGUGAACGGGCUAAAGCGCCUUUGCCGUCAUGCUCGGGACCUGGACAUCGUUGACGAAUCGCCAGCGUUGUGGAAAGAGGCCGCAAAUAUCAUUGCGCUGGCCUCGCCUGACGAAGACCUUUCUGAGGCUGCAGCACCUAAGGCCAAACCCGUUGCAGGAGACUCUAGUGGCUCACCUACCGAGAGAGCGGAAACGGCAGUCGCAGCAGUAGAGAACGACAGCGAUAUUCCAAGAGCCUCAAUCGAAUUCGAUGCGUCCGAUGUUGACAAUCGGAUUUUGGAAGCGAAGUUCGACUCCCAGAAUCGCGACAGCUUCGAGGAUCCCUUCGACACGUCUGAAUUUCUGCAGGCGCCAAGCACGCCACCCCGACCCGACAUGAGUAGGACUGCUGUUGUUAGGGAGCGACACAACACUCGCCGCCGGUCGGUGUUUUCCCCCGAAGACGACAUCUUUGGUGGCGGCUGGCCAGUGGCUGAUGACAAGUCCCCUGCGAGGCAAGUCGAGAAGGAGGCGCGGCGACCGCAGACACCCAACCGGUUCAUAACGACCGCGGAGACGCCCGACAGUGCUAUGAUUGAGUCCAUCAUGGCAGCAAUGCAGCAGCAGCGGUCCGCAUCGGCGCCGAUUCGAAAGUCGCCCGUCAAGCAGACGUCAACAUCGGAGCUGUUUUUUAACACGAAUACGCUCCAGGAGCUUGUGAAGCGCGCUAACACCCUCUUCCACACACUCUCUGAUCUCGUCCGCCGCGCCGAGCUGUUCACGCAGAGUCCGGCCGUGACACCACGACAUGACCGCCUCAAUCGCUGUGAGGACGGUAGCCCCGCUUUCACGCGUGUGUUCACCGACCCAUCGAGCCCCUCAAAGCGACUACCCAAGAGCCACAGUGGUAACUCGGUUGCUCGUGCCUCGCCGGCUUUGGAAUCACCUUCCACGGCGCGAGUCAGCCAGAGGCUGCAAAUGAUGACGGUGAACUGA